CUUCCACCAAAGAAACGAGACCUCCCCGUGACCAGCGAGGAUAUGGGGAGAACUACCAGCUGUUCCACCAACCACACACCCUCCAGUGAUGCCUCUGAGUGGUCCCGAGGGGUUGUGGUGGCUGGGCAGAGCCAGGCAGGAGCCAGAGUCAGCCUGGGAGGCGAUGGAGCGGAGGCCAUCACUGGCCUGACGGUGGACCAGUAUGGCAUGCUAUAUAAGGUGGCUGUGCCACCUGCCACCUUCUCACCAACUGGCCUCCCAUCUGUGGUGAACAUGAGCCCCUUGCCCCCCACGUUUAAUGUAGCAUCUUCACUGAUUCAACAUCCAGGAAUCCACUAUCCCCCCAUCCACUAUGCUCAGCUCCCAUCCACCUCGCUGCAGUUUAUCGGGUCUCCUUACAGCCUUCCCUAUGCUGUGCCACCUAAUUUCUUACCAAGUCCCCUCCUUUCUCCUUCUGCCAAUCUCGCCACCUCUCACCUUCCACACUUCGUGCCAUACGCCUCACUCCUGGCAGAAGGAGCCACUCCUCCCCCCCAGGCUUCCUCCCCAGCUCACUCAUUUAACAAGGCCCCCCCUGCCUCAUCCCCACCUGGGCACUUGCCACAUCAUUCAAGUACUCAGCCACUGGACCUCGCUCCUGGCCGGAUGCCCAUUUAUUAUCAGAUGUCCAGGCUGCCUGCUGGGUAUACCCUGCAUGAAACCCCUCCAGCAGGUGCCAGCCCCGUUCUUACCCCUCAGGAGGGCCAGUCUGCUCUGGAAGCAGCUGCUGCCAAUGGAGGACAGAAACAACGAGAGCGACACUUACUAAGACGGGAAAGUGAAGCCCUUGACUCUCCCAACAGCAAGGGCGAAGGCCAGGGACUGGUGCCUGUGGUGGAAUGUGUGGUGGAUGGACAGUUGUUUUCAGGUUCUCAGACUCCACGGGUGGAGGUGGCGGCACCGGCACACCGAGGGACCCCAGACACUGACCUCGAGGUCCAGCGGGUGGUUGGCGCUUUAGCUUCUCAGGACUAUCGCGUGGUGGCAGCUCAGAGAAAAGAAGAACCCAGCCCCCUCAACUUGUCCCAUCAUACCCCUGACCAGCAGGGUGAGGGGCGAGGGUCAGCCAGGAACCCUGCAGAGCUGGCAGAGAAAAAUCAGGUCCGUGGAUUCUACCCUCAGUCCCAUCAAGAACCGGUAAAACAUAGACCUUUACCCAAAGCAAUGGUUGUAGCUAAUGGCAACCUGGUGCCCUCUGGAACUGACCCAGGCCUGCUGCCUGUGGGUUCGGAGAUCCUGAUGGCAUCGAGUCUGGACACGCAGGCCAGAGCCACCUUCUCAGACAAGGAGCCAACGCCACCCCCUGUUACCUCCUCCCACUUGCCCUCCCAUUUCAUGAAAGGCGCCAUCAUCCAGCUGGCUACGGGGGAGCUGAAGCGGGUGGAGGACCUCCAGACCCAGGAUUUUGUGCGCAGUGCCGAAGUGAGUGGGGGGCUGAAGAUUGACUCUAGCACGGUCGUAGACAUUCAGGAGAGCCAGUGGCCUGGAUUUGUCAUGCUACAUUUUGUGGUUGGUGAGCAGCAGAGUAAAGUGAGCAUCGAGGUGCCCCCUGAGCACCCCUUCUUUGUAUAUGGCCAGGGUUGGUCCUCCUGCAGCCCUGGGCGGACUGCACAACUCUUCUCUCUACCCUGCCAUCGGCUACAAGUGGGAGAUGUCUGCAUCUCUAUCAGUUUACAGAGCUUGAACAAUAACUCAGUUUCUCAGGCCAGCUGUGCUCCCCCAGGCCAGCUGGGUCCCCCCCGAGAAAGGCCUGAGAGGACGGUCUUGGGACCCAGAGAGCUGUGUGACAGUGAGGGGAAGAGCCAGCCUGCAGGAGAGGGCUCCCGUGUGGUUGAGCCCUCUCAGCCUGAGCCUGGUGCUCAGGCCUGCUGGCCAUCCCCGAACUUCCAAAGAUACAGCGUGCAAGGGGAAGAGGCACGGGCUGCACUGCUCCGUCCCUCUUUCAUUCCACAGGAGGUCAAGCUGUCUAUCGAAGGGCGUUCCAACGCGGGAAAAUGAACCUCUUUCCCAGACCAGAACUGGGACUUUACCCCAGAGCUGAGUCUCACCGUGAGCAGGCAGAGGAUUUGCACACGCCGAGCAGGGAAUGGCUCUCUUGGCAGUGAGAUUUGGAGUUGGGGGAGGCAUGAAGGCAGCCUCCCAAGGCAGGAUCUCUUGCUCAGUACCCUGUGGCACCCUUUCAAGACAGCCCCAAAGGGUACUGUGAUGGGGAGCAGCAGGCCUGGGGCAAGGAAGGAAGGAAGGGGGUGCACACAGGAUAAGAAACAUUCCAAAAUCAGGGCCUCCUUGUUCUUUCCUCCCCAUCCCUAGCUCCUGCAAUGGGAAGUCCAGACUUUGGGAGCAGGUGGCAGAGGAUGGGAGCAAAGAAAGAGCCAAAAAUGAUGAUCCACAGCUUAUAGUAGCAGUUAAACUGUCUGAAGUUGUUUUUUUUUUGUUUUGUUUUUUUGUUUGUUUGUUUGUUUUCUUUUUAUGUGGUGGGAGGGCUGGAGACCCCGUGGUUGGAAAUAAGAGGGUUCCCACCCAGAACCCUUCUUGUGAGAGAUGUGCACUUUAAAGGGUGAUUAUGUUACAGAUGUCUCUGGCUGGGUGUGUGGAGGAGCACUCUUAUCUAUAGGACUCUGCUUAAUCCUCUGCUUCAGCCCUUUCCCAUCUCUCCUCACCAUUCUCCUAUAAGGCUUCUAGCAGCUUGGGGCCCAGGAGAGAGAGAACCCCUCCAGAGUUCAGAGUGAAGUACUGCCUGUGGGGGUCUAGUUGGGAGACUUUGGGAGGAAGACCGGAUGGAUGGCCAGGUUGCCCCAGCUGUAGGCAAGGCUUCUGGAAAGAGAGCUGAUCUAACAGCUCCUCCUACUCCGCUUGUCAUUCCCACUUUGAAAUGUCACUGAAUCUCUAGUCAGUAAUGGUGACUAUUGGAAGAGCCAGUGGACCCUUUUCCCCAGGUAUCUACACUGCUCCUUUGUCUGUCUGUGUCGUGCCUAAGUGCCUGCGCUGCCCCCACCCAUCUGCUGCCCUAACUUCUCUGCAUGGUGUCUUGACCUGGGCCACGCUGGAACCUGCACUGCCUCUCUUCUGCAAAAUUGGUUUGUCUCCUCUGACCAAGACCUCUAGUUUUUGACGUGUAGGGGUCUCUGGUUUCCCCUUCAGCUGUAAUCUGUUUUCAAAAAUUCAAAAUCAUGUCUCUUCUCUUCUACUGCCAAAUGGCUUGGUGGCAACAUGAGAAGGGAACUCCUUGGGCCAGAGCAAAUGCAUCUGACUGGGCGAUGCCCAUACUGGCAUUUUUACUUGGCCUCUCCCAUCUUGUUCCCCUGCCUCUCCUAUAUUCAGGCUUCUAGCCAUCUCCUCACACCGCCAGCUCUAAGGCUUAGGAUAGUCUCAAUAACAUUUCAGUACCUGAAGUAGAUUUCGUUUUGUGGUGGUGUAUUCCUCUGUGAAGAGCAUUUUCAGUCUUAGUUACAUUCCCC